AAAUAACCUCCCGUAUUGAUCAGUGGCAAAUCGGAAGUUUGUCCUUUAUCGGAUUCCGUCCGGAGUGACUGAAGAAACAUGGCUGUUCACACAAGCAAGAAAUUGCUGCUGUGCUUUAGUCGAUUAAACGUCGUUGGUGCAGGUUUUCCAAAUGUAUCGAGCAGGCUCACAUACGCGACAGCUUUCCAAAUCAACAUGCCUGGAAAGAAAAAUUUUCCUGAGAGGGAUGGUAGCGGAACUUUCAACAAAAAACGUAGAACAGAGGCUGGACCACCCAGAACAGAAAAGAUGACAGAAGACCAGGAUUGGACUGUGGUCUAUCCGGCGGCGGCCCCCUUCAGAGCCGGCACUGUGCCCCUUCCUGUGAGAAUGGGCUAUCCCAUAAAAGGAGGAGCGCCCCCAGAAAAGCAGGGCAAUUUGGAGCUGAUUAAGAUUCCCAAUUUUCUUCACUUGACGCCAGCAGCCAUUAGGAAACACUGUGAAGCUCUCAAACCGUUCUGCAACGCUUGGCCGUCCGCACUGGACACGGACGCCAAGUGUGAGGAGCAUUUUCCUAUCCAGGUGGAGAGCAACGACUACUUGUCAGCGGGUCUAUCCAUACGAAACCCUGCAGCUCGCGUCGUUCAUCUCCGAGUGAAGUUGUCCAGUUUGAACCUGGAUGACCACGCCAGAAAGAAAAUGCUCAAACUUGUGGGAGAGAGAUACUGCAAAGACACAGAUGUCCUCACCAUCAGAACUGACAGCUGUCCGCUAAGACGACAGAAUUACGACUACGCCAUGUACCUGCUGACCGUCGUUUAUCACGAAUCCUGGAAAACUGAGGCAUGGGAGGCCGAUAAGACUGUAGCAGACAUGGAGGAGUAUUCAUGGGAGGACAGCCCGUCCCAGAAGAACAUCCUUGACACGUUGCUGCGACAGCCGGACGGCAGUGAGGAGGAACGCGAGCGUUUGCUGGGGAGAAGCGAAAUGCAAGCGUACAAGGACUCGGUCACGAGACUGAAGAACCAAGGAGACAGCGAGGGUGCAGUGCUGCAGUACAAAGAAGCUGUCAAGAAAGUGCUCAAGCUCUGACAUGGAGCAACAUUUCAAAAGGAAAUGUAAUGUUCUAGUGGAACAUCGCCAAUACUGUUUAAUGCAUUCAUGUUCUAUUUAGUUCUCUGACCUGACCAAAUUUUUAAAAAAUGUAACAGGGAAGAAGUAUCUCAGAUUUGUUAGCAAAAAAAAAAAAAAAAAAAAAACAUGCUAAACUCCGCCCAAACAAAACUUUUUUUUCCCCACUAAAAUAUCCUUGUUUUGAAAUAUCAACAGAAGCCAUCAGUAUACCUAGAGCAUAUAUUGUAAAAUAAAUCUAAUAAAAAUGCCACUUAUCUUAACCCUUGUGUU